AGCCGCUCCCUCUGGCCGGUGUGGCCGGUUGUGGCUCCCAGCUUCGUUCUCGUUUGUUUUUGUUCGGUUUUUUUUCCUCCGCCUUUUCGCCCUCAUGCCGUUUUAUUUCAGGAGGGGCCGGAGAGGCCUGUUUAAACAUAUAGCUCAUGGCCUGAUCCCUGCAGCUACCAUAGCUCCUAAACCUGCUGUCCCCCGCACCCCUCCCCCUCGUAGUCCAAACCCUUCUCCAGAAAGGCCCAGGUCUGCUUUAGCAGCCGCUAUUCUUGCAACGACCUUAACUGGACGAACUAUUGCCAUCCCUCAGCCUCGUCAGCGAUCUCUUUCGGAAAGUGAUGCUAGCUACUUGCAAGAUCAGGAAGACUGUAUUGAACCAUAUGCCACUGUCACUGAGCUACGAAUGAGUCCAAAUUGGAAGAAUGAUGGUGGUGAAAGGAAUGCUGUGCAAACUUUGGAAGCGCCUGCGAGUUGUUGUGAGGAUGACAUGGAUACAUUCACUUCUGACACAGAAAAAGAAUCAGAUCCCGACCGUCAGAUUAUUAAUAAAAAAAAAAACAGGAGUCAUGAGAUUAUGUAUGCCAUGCCACAUAAAAUCAAACACGAAAAUCUCCAAGUAUCUUCUAGUGCCAAUGGUGAAGAAGAUUCUUUUGUCUGCGAACCAAGUUGUCUCAUCCAGCCAAAUGUUCAGAUUGAAGAAAUUGAACAUCCUGGAGUGAGGUUUAAGGGAGACAACUCAGGUGAAACUCCCCUGAAUAAAAUACCACCUUCGUCUUCAGAUGCAGUCCUCCACAGAAAACAGGAACAGAUGGUUCUCCCCAGAGAGAAGUUCCAGAAAUUAAAAGAACAACAUUGGCAUCUAAACAAUGCAAACCAGACCUUGUUUUCCGAACUUGAACAGUCAAAGCAGUUAAUCAAGGAACUCCAAUUAAAAAUUAUGAAAUUGGAAAAAGAGAACAGACAGUUUAAGGAAAAGCAGAAUUCACACAGUGAAGAGGAAGGCGCAGAAUUGCUGUUAUUAAGACAACAAGCCCAGGAACUAGUAGAUGAAAAUGAUAGUUUGAAAAUGACUGUUCAUCGCUUAAAUGCAGAACUAAGUCGUUAUCAAACAAAGUACAGACCAAUUUCCCCCAAUGAGAGUGUGAAGAUUGGAAGUCUGCCAAUGAAAAAACCAAUACCCCCAUGGCUGCUUGACAUGAAAUAUUUAUCUCCUCUUCUGUUGGCAUAUGAAGACAGAAUGAAAGAAAAGGAAGAGUUGAUUCAAGAGCAUGAGGAAAGCAUGAAGAUGUUCAAAGUACAAGUGGAAGAAGUAGUGAAGGAAAACGAGCAGUUACACCAAAAAUUAACUAAAAAUAUUGGUACUUUUAUUAGUACCAAAGAAUGGCAGCAUUUGCAAAGUCAAGCCAAGCUUGUCCUGGAAGAAAAUAGAGUGUUAAUGGAGCAGCUUAAAAUACAAGAAACCAAAGUAAACGACACCAUCAACCAACAUGUUAAAGAAGUUUCCAAACUGACCAAACAGCUCAUUACUCUGGAAACUGAAAAACAAAACCAAGAAGUGGAAUUGAAAGAUUGUCAGAAAAAGCUGGAAGAAUUACGCUCUGCAUACAAAGAAUUAAAGGCCAGCGUUACUGAUUACGUAAGAGCAGAGGAGCACAUUGCCUUGGAAAAUAAAUUUAAAAACCAAUUGCAGAUAGAACAGGAAAAGAGAGAGAUGGAGACCCAGGAACUGGUGAAAAAACUCGCCUCUGUUCAAGCGGAAACAAAGAGCCUGUUUCUUGAGAAAAAUGACCUGGUGGCAGAAAACAAGGCUCUAGAAGCUGAGCUGGAAAUGGCCCAGAAGACUAAAAGGCGGUCGCAGAAGAAGAUCAGUCUUUUGAAGCAGCACUUGGAAGAAACAAUGGAAAAGGAGAUGGCUGCCCACCAAUAUCUAGUGAAUAUGAUCAGCUUGGCAGAAAAUAUAACUCAAGAACGUGAUCAGCUUUUAAACCUGGCCAGUUGUUUGGAGAAAGAGAAGCAUGGCGUUCUCAACAAAAUAAUAGAAGGAAAUGUACGUCUAGGAAAAUUAGAAGAGAAAGUCAAGGUGUAUAAAAAGACUGCGGCAGGCAAGCUGGGAGACAUCAACCUCAAAGUGACCGAGCAAGAGAAGGACUUCGCAGGGAAGACGGCUCAGUACCAGCGAGAAAUGAAACACCUCCAGCGGCUGCUGCAAGAGAAGCAGGAAUCCCUCGAUGAAGCUCUGCAGCAGAAGAGAGAAAUGGAAAGUGAACUUGAAAUAAUUUGGGAGUCAACCGCCAAAGAAAACCAGAGGAUGAAGGAACUCUUGCAUAAAUCUCUGGAGAAGAACGUACAGAAUUCGGUCAACGCUGCUUAUGAAUCGCCAUUAACUGACCUUUCUCAGAAAGUCCUGCUGGGCAGAUACAGUUUUAGCUACUGCGAUGUGGAAGGGUCCUCACCCCCUCGAGCUCCGAAGGAAGAAGAAGACUAAAUAUUAAGGAAGUGGUCGUCCCUGCUUCCUCCAAGGCAAAGCAGGAUUGGAAGAAGCAAAUAUAAAAGGGCAAAAGGGAACCUAGUCGGAAGCGAAGUAUGAUUUAGCCGUUGGGUUGAGAGAGAUCUUCACGGACGUGAUGAGCAUUGUAUGAUAAGGGACCUUUCAAAGCCCCAAGAAGCAGCUUUCAUGCAGAAAAGCAUGUUUCUUGCCUUGACGGUUACAAAGAACAUACAGUGGUACCUCGUUACUCAUCAUUAAUUGGUACCGGGAAGCG